AUGAUUGCAGCGCUGUAACAGGUUUUGCCUCGCUAGCUUAAUUCCGCUGGUCGCGAUGCCGCCUUCUAAGUUCAUCAGGCUAUUGUCGGUCCGCACCGGCGCCGGCAGCAGCUCCGCCUCCUCGCAUCAGGCCGAGCCGAGCCACGAGGAGCGGGUUGCGCGGGUGUGCGCUCUGGGCGGCCGCGUGCUCCAGGCGUUGCUGCUGCAGCAACAGCAACAGCUCAUGAGUGCCAGUGGUAACAAUGGGAAUGCAGGCAGCAGCAGCGGCGGCGGCUCUGGCGGAAGCAACAGCAGCUCGCACGUCGGUGCUGCUGCCGCGACCGCCGCCGCGAUCGCGCGAGGUUCUGGCAGCAGGGGCGGAGGCAGCAGCCGCAGAGCAGCAUCAGGCGGCGGCGCAAGGGUGGCAGCAGCAGGUGGCGGCGGCGGCGGCGGUGGAGGCGGGGCCCCACUGCCGCUGCCUAGAGCGGCGGAGCUGGCGGCGGCGGCUGACGACCUGGCCGUGAUCAGGGAGGUCGUGUCUUCCGAUCCCAGCCACACCACUCCCGACAUCUUCACGGAGGCCCGCCUGUGCGGCCAGCUGCAGGGGCUGAUGGCGCUGUUGGGCUGGUGCCUCAGGCUGGCAGUGCCGGCACAGCCGCCCUUCGUCACCACAGCCAGUACCUCCGCCGCCGCCUCCUCCUCUUUCGGUAGCACCGCCGCCGCCUCCUCGUGCGGCGGCAGCGGCGGCGGCGGCAGCAGAAGCACCACUGGCGGCAGCGCCGCAGGCAGCACCGCCGCCGCACCUGCGCUUGGCACGGAUAACGACGCCCUGUGCAGCGCCGCUAGCCGGCUGCUGAGCGCAUUGGUGCUUGCAUUGGCCAACCACUUCACUUGCAACGAUACGCCAGCGGCGGCGGCGUCGGCGGCGGCGACGGAGGACGGCGGCCUUCUGAAGGCGCAGGUGCUGACGCUGCUGGUCCGCUGCGGCUGCUUCCAGGUGACGUGUGCGGCCCUGGAGCGCUGCUGUUGUGCGCUUGAGCCGGCGCUGCCACCGCCACCGCCACCACUGCUGCCACCGCCGCCACCGCCGCCGCAGCCGCCGCAGCAGCAGCAGCAGCAGCAUCAACAACAGCAGCAGCAACAGCAGCAACAGCAACAGCAGCAGCAGCAGCAGGUGACGGCGGCGUUGGCGUCUGCGGCCGUGGCACCGCAGCGGCGCGUGAGGCUGGGCAAGGCGGGGUGGUGCACGGUGUGGUAUUGGCUGACUCACACCUGGGACCUCCUGGCCACCCUCAACUGCCUCUACGACAGCGCAACCGACGACUUUCGGAGCGUCCGGCACGCCAUUGACGCCCUCCGCAGCUCCCUGCCCGACCCCACCUUCGAACUCAAGCUCCUCGACUGCUACAGCCGCACACUGCUGGCGGCGUCAGCGGCUGUAGCAGCAGGGGCCAGCGGUGGCGGCGGCAGCUCGACGCAGCAGCAGGCGGAGGAGCUGUCAACCGCUAUCCGACGCUUUACAACAAAUGUUCUGACGCCGAAGCUGCUGGGCAUCACGCCGCAGGUUCUAGAGCCUUACGUGGCGGCGUGCCCCGCGCUGUCGUACGCGCUGGCGGCGCACGCCGUACACACGUGCGCGGCGGUUGACGGCGGCGGCACGUACGGCCUGCGGUGCAGCCCGGUGGCGGCGGCCGUGGCUAGGGUGAUGGCGCCGCCAGGCGGCACUCGCGGCGGCGGCGCUGGCGGCGGUCGGGGCCCGGUCGUGGGGAUGGGGGCAUCGUGGAUGGCAACGGCGGCUGGAGGAUUGCGGGCUGUGUGGGGUGCGGGUGGCGCUGGCGGCGGUCCGGGCGGCUCUGACGGCCCUGACGGCGAGGGCAGCUGCAAGCGGUGUCACGUCAUGCUGCCGCUGCUGGGAUCCGGCGGCGUAAAGCCGCUGGAGCCGCCGCCGCCGCCGCUGCUGCUCUCACAGGAAAGCAGGCAGCAGCUAUUCGGCAGCAGUGGCGGUGGGAUGUCGGUGGUCAUGGACCCGCCCGUCAUCGUACAUGGGAGGUUGGCGCAUCGCGCGGCGGAGGCGUGGGAGUCUGCGCUGUCUGAGGCCUGGCAGUGGCUGCAGGAGCACCCGCCGCCAGUGGGCCACCGCCUGUCACCGCAGGAGCAGCUGCAGCUGUGCCGGACGCAGCCGGGCUGCCUGCGGGCCGCGUACGCGCGCGCGUUGGGGCUGGCUGAGGGGCAGCCGCAGCAGCUGCAAGACCAGCUGUCGUCGGUGGCUGCUGGCGAGCGCGGCAGUAGUCAUGGGGCCCCGUGCAGCGCCGCGGCGGCAGCUGAGGAGCUGACUCGCCGGCUGGCGGCUGCGCGGAGCUGCCCGCUGCUGCACUGCGGCGGCGCCUUCGAGGUCGGCAUGCGGCUGGCGGCGGCGGCGGCAGGCUGCAUGGCAUACACGCCCGCGACGGCGGAGGAGCAUGCGCAGCAGCUGUGUGGCGUGCAGCGGCUGGCGCUGGCGGCGGUGGUGGGGCGCCGCAGCACUGCUACUGCGCCUUCUGCUGCUACUGCUCCUCCUGCUGCUACUGCUCCUGGUGCUCCUGCUACUGCGGCUGCUACUGCUCCUGGCGUGGGUCUGGGACGCGCUCCAGCCAGCGGUGAUAUCGCUGCGGAGGAGGGGCGGUCGCGGGACGUGCCGCAGCCGCUGUGGCGGCGGCUGGAGCUGGGGGAGGUCUCCCGCGUCAACUUGGCGACGGCAGGCCUGAAGCUGGCGCGGGCGGCGUGGCUGGACACCAGUGCGGUGUGGAUGCCGCGGGGCGCGUUUGCGGGCCAGGACAGCGGUGGCAGUAGCAGGAGUAGCACUUGCAGCGGUGGCAGCAGUAGCAGCACAGGCGGCAAUAGCACAGCAGGCGGUGGGCGGGGCCACGGCGGCGUGCCGUACCCUCCGGCGCCGGUGCAGCGGGACCUGCUGUCCUGGUGGCGGGCGGCGCUGGGCUGGGCGGGCCUGUUGGACAUGGACUGGGGAGGACCGGACGGAGGCGGCGGGGCUGGAGGCGGCGGCGGCGCCGCCGCUGCCGCCCCUCGGUCGGCGGCUGCGGGUGCCGCUGCGUGGCCGGACGGCGGCCGGCGGAACCGCCAAGACGUCGCGUUGCUGCGGGGGCCGCUGGCGGAGCGAGCUGAGGAAGAUGCCUGGUACGUUUGGUACUGUAUUAUGAAGGUGUUGCAGCUGGACCUGGGGAGGCUGGUGCUGGGUGACGGCGGCGGACACACAGCGGGCGGCGGCGGCGGCGGCGGUGCGCAAGGAGGGGAGGCAAUGCGGAUGGUACUGCCGCCGCUGCGGCUGCGGCCCUGCCCCGACGUGGCCGCGGCGCUGGCCGCCGGCUAUCUGCCCGUGCUGGGGCAACUGCUCCGCAAGUCGACCUACCAGCACGACGUCCACAUAUUGGAUCUGCGGCAUAAUGUCAGAUGGAUGGCCGGCGCCACGGCAGCGGCCUGGUCGCAGCUGCUGGUGUUCGGGCCGCCAGACGAGGCGCGGGCGUUUGUGGCGGAGGCGGCGGGCGUGGUCCGGGAGCGGACGGCGCUGUUUCGGGCGGCAGUGGCGGAGGCGGUGGAGGCGGGGAAGGAGGAGCAGGCAGCAGCCCGGCAGGCGCAGGAGCAGGAGCAGGAGAAGGAGCAGCAGAGGCGGCGCAGGGUGCAGGUGGCGGCAGCAGGGGCGCAAGAGCCAGCGGGCAAGCAGCAGCAGCAGCAGCAGCAGCAGCAGCAGCAGCAGCAGCAGCAGCCCAGGCGGCAGCGCAGGCUCAUGCCGUUGCAGCAGGCGGCGUCUGCGCAACAGCAGCAGCAGCAGCAGGCAAGCGGCGGCACCGCGGCGGCGGCAGCAGCGGCGACGGCGACGACGCAGGCCGCCCCUGCCUGUAGUGCGGUCGCUGCUGCUGCCGCCAGCCCGGAUGACGUGGCGGCUGCUGGUGAGCCGCUACUGCCGCAGUGGCGUCCGCGGCUUAGCUCGUCAGCGGCAGGGACGCUGAUGCGGCGGAGCCUGGACCUGUGCGGCGGCAUGGCCUGUUGGCUCCACACGUCCGGCCUAGGCAAGACCCUCAUGACUGCAGGCCUGCUGCUGCUGACGCCCGCCGACGCCGGAUCACGUGGCAGUAGCAAUGCUAGCGGCCGUAGCAGCGCCAGUGCCAGCGCCAGCGCCAGCAGCAGUAGCAGCGGCAGUGGCAGCGGCAGUAGCGGCGGCAGUAUACGAAGCGGCAGUGGCGGCACGCCAGGGCCUUCCUCAUCGCCGCUGGCCGGGCUGCAGCUGGGCGACGAGGCGGCUGUAGCAGCACAGGUGGCUGCGGCGGCGCGGGUCGUGGCGACGAAGCUACUGCCGGCGGGCUCGGAGAUGAUGCGGGCUGUAGCCGAAUAUGCAGCUAUGCACUCCAACGAUGUGGUGGAGUCCUUCGGGGACGCUUUCGAUUUGUUGGAAUCACUCAAGAUUCUGCGUGCGAUCACCGACACGCGUUCCAAACGUAGUACUGGCAGCAGCAGCGGCAGUGGCGGCAGUAGCAGCGGCAGUAGCACCAGCUCCCGGUUCUGCACCAUGCAGAGCCUGAUGCAGGACCUAGUGCCCGUCCUGACAGCGGUGCUGCAGCUGGCGCCUCAGCGGCUGCAGCAGCGGCCGGCGGCAUCACGCGGCUGCACGCUGCCGCAGCAGCAGCCACGUCAUCUGCCGCCGGCAGCAGCAGCAGAUGCAGCAGCAGCUGCAGCAGCCGCAGCAGGGGUGGCGCGUGGAGAGCAGGCGGCAGCCUCUGCACCUGCAGGACCCUGUGAGGCGGAGGGUGGUGGUGGUGGUGGUGGUGGUGGUGGUGGUGGUGGUGGUGGUGGCGGUGGUGCAGCCGCGCCCUCGGUUGAAUUCGCCGAGGGUCGCGCAAAAAGCGUCGGACAGGAGGCCUUCGAUGGCAGCAGCUCUAGCAUCGGGCAUGGUAGCCGAAGCGGCGGCAGCAGCGGCGGCGGCAGUAGCGACAGUAGUGGUGAUGGCAUGAUCAUCAGCAGCCGCGGCAGCGCCGCCGCCGCGACAGCACCGCUGCCGCCAGCAAUGGGUGCCGGCGCUACCGCACCCGCCGCCGCCCCAGCGGCUACUGUGGACACGGACACAUCGGACGCAGUGAUUGACGUGCGGCGCGUUUGCGAGCUCCUGCGAGCCUGGGGUGGCGACGGCGACGGUCCCACCUUAUCCACCCACCUGGCGGGGGUGCUGGAGAGCGCGGCGGCGGGCGACUGGGCGGCGGUGCGUGCCAAGAGCCGCUGGCUGCGGUUUGGCGGCGUGGUGACGCACGCGCCCAGCGAUGUGGCUGCGCGGCUGUGGCGGCAGCAGCGGCAGGUGAUGGCGCACGGGGCGGGGCACGGCGGCGUGCAUGUGGAGGCGUCGGUGCUGGACGGGGCGCUGGACGCGGCGGCGGCGCUGCUGGUUGGGCAGGGGCUGCAGCAGGUGCAGCAGCAGCAGCAGUAGUAGCAGCAGCAGCAGCAGCAGCAGUAGUAGCAGCAGCAGCAGCAGCAGCAGUAGCAGGAGCUGUAGCAGGCGUGAGCUAGAAGGGUAUGGUUGUGUGGCAUAUCGCGAAGAUGGGCGCGGCAAAGUGGGGCGGAGCUGCCGCUAUGUGGUGUCCGUGCGUGGGUUGUUUGGAGGGUGAGAGGCUAAGAGGGUGGAUGAGGUUUGGAAGCUACAGUCAACAGGUAGGCUGAUGACAGCUGGGCACGGACACAAGGCGGUGCUGACGUGCGCGCGUGUGGGCAUUGCGACGGUGUGGUGACUGUACGGGACAGUGCGGUACAGUGCGGUGUCGUGGGGUGCCGUGUAGGGGUGGGAUACUGGGAUGGGUUGGGAUGCAGUGGGGUGAGGCAGCGUGCAUUGCUCGCUGGCGAGUCGCGGACAAACGGACGGGGUCAACGCGGAAGCGCAUGGCGAAACGCAUGGCGUGCACACACGAGGCCCUGUUGCACGGCAAGCGGCCGGGGCAGCAGAAUCACAUCAUUGCCAGUGUUGCUUUGGAAAGGAUUGACAAAGGGCAUACGUGUGGGUUGCGGGAGAUGGAGGCGACAGGUGUAAGCCCGCGUACGG